GCUGCAAGUUCGAAUCAUGUCCAAGCGGAAAAAGCCCGCUGCCAGUCCGACGGACGCGUUGCCAACAGCUAGCGCGGAGGCCUCUGCUCCUUGGAUCCAACGCUUCCAGCUCUUGGAUAGCUGCUACUGUUUCCUCGUGGGCAAGAAAGCCAUCCCGUCGCUGAAGACCAUCGUCAGUCUCGCGGCGCAUUUGUCCGGCAACCCAUCGAGUCUCGAGGUGUCCCAUGUUCGGCAAAUGGUCUCCAUCGGGGUGGUGAAAUUGGACAUUCAAGCACGAGACAAGGUCAUUGUGCAAGACGACUUCAACCCGGCAGCUGUCGACCCACACGAGACCAUCGAGUUGGUGCAGUUCCCUGACGCCCCGCACCCGAGUAAGCGAGCCAGCACAAAGCGGAUGCUUCUAUUUCAGCACGCCCUCCAGACGACCACCAUUGACUUGGCCAACGUGCCCAAGUUCGAGCCACUCAAGCGGUUGAAAUCGACCUCGUCGCAGCCUUCAGCGUCCUCUCCUAUUCCGUACUUGAACACUCUCAUGCAAGCCAGCUACUACGACGGACAGGUGGUGCACAUUGAAACGAUUCCGUCACGCGCUGCUCGGUUUGGAGACCGACAGCUCCAAGACCUGGGCGUGUGCGACACCGUGUGCCGCGGCGUCCUCUUCGAAAAGAUCUAUUCACACCAAUCAGAAGCCAUCCAAGCGAUCUUGGAAGGCCACCACGUGGUCAUCUCCACGUCCACAUCGAGCGGCAAAUCCAUCGUGUACAACGUGCCUGUCGCCCACGCCUUGUCAACUUCGAAUUCCACGGCGUUCUACCUCUUUCCUACCAAGGCGCUAGCACAAGACCAAGUGCAGUCGUUUCGGACGUUCCUUACCCGCUGCGAUGGUUUGGACGCGUCUCUUUGUGCUACUUAUGACGGAGAUACACCGAUGGCGGCGCGCGCCGGACUACGGAAGUCCGCGCGAGUCUUCUUUACAAACCCAGACAUGCUGCAUGUAUCUAUCCUGCCCCAGCAUAAAGCAUGGAAAACAGUGCUGUCCCGGCUCAAGCUUGUCGUGAUUGACGAAGCCCACAUGUACCGAGGUAUCUUUGGGUCCCACGUCGCAAAUAUCCUCCGGCGGCUCUUUCGACUAUGCUAUGUCUACGGCAGCUCACCGCAAGUCGUGUGCUGUUCCGCGUCUAUUCAAAACCCCCGCCAGCAUUUUAGCUGGCUCGUGCCUCACCAGUCGUUGCAACCUGCUGCUAGGACUCCCGACGAUGACCCUACCCCCAACACCAACGCUAGUCCAGAGGUCACUGUGAUUGAACAAGACAAGGACGGAAGCCCUUGCGGCACCAAACACUUUGUCGUGUGGCGCCCGACGCCACCCCCUGUGACAUCGUUCGACCCGAACGAACCCCACAACCCCGACCUCACGGGCAGCACGAUCUUCCAGAGCGCGCAGAUCCUCGCCACGCUCGUCGCCGCCAAAGUGCCCACAAUUGCGUUUUGCAGGGGCCGCAAGCUGACCGAGUUGGUGGUCGAGUACACGCACAACAUCCUGCGUCGUCAAAACCAAAGCCAUUUGAUUCCGCGGGUCAAGGGGUACCGCGGCGGGUACUCUGUCGAAAGCCGCCGGGUGAUUGAAGCGCAGCUGUUUCGCCACGAGUUACUAGGCGUGGUUGCGACCAACGCGUUGGAAUUGGGUAUUGACAUUGGGUCGUUGGAAUGUACGCUGCAUCUCGGGUACCCCCCGUCGAUAGCGUCCAUGUGGCAGCAGGCCGGGCGCGCCGGCCGCAGUGGCCACGACUCGAUGGCGGUGAUCGUAUGCUUUGACUCGCCGUUGGACGCGUACAACACUGCAUUGGGGUCGGCGAUGUUUGCCAAACCGCCAGAACCAGUCGUGCUGGACCCGACCAACUUGUUCGUUGUCAAGCAGCAUCUCCAGUGCGCAUCGUUGGAGAUGGACCUGCUGUCGCCUCGCAGUGGUACCCUCGAUAUUGACAGAGUCAUGUUUACCCGUCACGUGGACGAGAUCGUGGUCGAGAUGGCGAGUGCGGGGCAGUUGAUGGCACUGGGUGAUCAACGAGGGUUCCGAGUUCCUGCCAAGAUAUCGCUGCAGGAUAUGACCAUUCGAGACAUUUCGUCGGAAAACUAUAGCGUAGUGGACGUCUUGAACGACAACACCGUGAUCGACACCAUCCCCGGGAACCGCGUGUUUUUCCAAGUGUACCCCACCGCCGCCUAUUUACACCAA